GGCCCAGUCGGGCUUUCGACUGCUACUAGGGCCUUCCCUGAGGCCUCGGGAGGCGUCUCUGGACCCCAGGGGCCGCGAUGCCGCGAUGGGGCAGGCCCCACGCCUCCCCCACCCCCUGCUGUCAGAGUGUUUCGAUACCUCUGCCCGUGCUUCGUCUUCGACGCGAACGCUGCACCCGCUCUUUCGAGCCGCAGCUGCCGCAGUCUCUUCUUCGAGCCCACCUGGGCGACCUUGGGCGUGUGGCGCACCUUCUCUUUCCUUUCUCUCGUGUUCUCUUCCUUCUCGGGCCUCUGGGGUGGCCCUCGUCGCCACGGCCAGAUCCGCAACCCACGCCUUUCGGAACGCCCUUCUGGAAGCCAGACGGCCGACGCUCCAUGCGGCCACCCCCGGGCAUCCAUACAAGUACGGGAGCCCCUUCCAUGAGCAGAGGCAUGCGGGGAUCGGCCCCGGCGCAUUCGUCGAGGGCGCCCCCGACAUGGUGUCCGAAGCCGACGAGUCGCUGAUCUACAAUUCGCCCGAGUCAGCGGGAGUGGCGUAUUCGACAAUCAGGUACGGCGCCACUUGUUCCAAUUGGGAUAGUAUCUCGCUGCAGGAGCACUCGUACGAGGCGAGUGUGGCGUCAUGCGCGCACACGUGCUCGCAGGCGAGCGAGUGCACCGGCUUUAUUUUCAAGCCGAAGGCGUGUGCUGCGCAUGAACAGUUUGGACCUGGCUCUUGCUUCUUGUAUUCUGAAUACUGCGUAGAGACGGGCGACCAGUGUUGGGAUUUGUAUUUGAUUGACGCGAUCCAACCGCCAACGCCGCCGCCCACGCCGAAACCACCGACGCCAUCUCCACCAGAGCCGACACCAGUGCCCACAAUGCCACCAACGACACCAGAACCAGUAACGCCAGAGCCAACAGCAGCGCCCCCGGUGCCCACACCCGAACCAACAGCGCCAGAGCCCCCAUCCUCACAACCGACAACACAACCAGCGCCAAUCGAGCCAACAACACAGUCGACAACGGUACCGCCAACUACAGAGCAGGCAAUGACGCCAGAGCCAACCUUGUCUCCAACCGUGGCUCCCACGAUGGCACCAGUGACGCCAGCAGGCGCAGGCGCAGCUUCGGCGGAGCCGGCGACGCCCCCAUCCCCAACGAUGCUUGUCUUUGCGGCUCAGGUCGGGGAUGAUGUAGUGUAUCUGCGCAACCCCGCUGGCAUCACGCAGGGAGCCUCCCUUACGUUCACAACACCCGAUCACUCAGAGACUCAUGCGGUGAAGGGCGUGAACGUUGGCGCAGUCAUUCUCGACUCCGCCAUGGAGCACGACUACCCUGUCGAUUCGACGGUCACCCUGCGGCGCGCUUCGUCGCCGUCGCCGUUGCCGACGCCGACGCCGCCGACCCGAAGCCGGCUGUCGUCCUCGCGCAGGUCCUUCCCGUCGUUCACGUGGUUUUUGCUGCCUUUCGCUGUCAUCGUCGCGGCCUGCCUGAGCCUCAACUUCCUGGGCUACACUUACAGCAGCGACCGCUGUGGCCGCCUCGUCGGCGACCUGAAGGGUCGUUUCGACGGGUGCGUCGGCUCGUUCUCGGCUCGGAGGAUGAGGGAUAUGGGCCGGCAGGAUAUGAUCAAAAAGGUUUUCGUUUGUUUCGACCGCGACGGCGACACCCUUCUCAGCUCGAGCGAGCUCAUGCUGUUCGCGAGUUGCCUUCCGCACGACCCGUUCAUAGGCAGCCAGAGGGAGUGGGAUGAGCAUUACAGCGCGAGCAUUGGGUUAGCUCAUGUUGACAUGGAGCGAUUUCGGCAGCUUGUGGACAGACUGGAUCCUGUACCUCAUCCAAACGGCGGGGAGGAUGGUAGACAGACAGAGGGCGAUCCUGGUCUGUCGCUGUACCAGACGGACGACGACCUCCGUAGCUUGCUGGAGAUGCAUUCCUCAGACUUCCGGGGGUACUUGGUAUCCUCUGUCUUCGACGCGUUUGACCGCGACAGGGAUGGCGUCCUCAGCAAAGAAGAGCUGCGGGUCUUUGCAGAGAGCAUGGCCGAAGAACCUUUCGCCGGGACGGCGGAGGACUGGGAGGUAUUCUACGCGGAAGUCAUUGACAAGCAGGGCCAGAAUGGUCAGGACGCUGCGGUGGACCCCCAGCUGUUCCGGUUGCUCGUGGACGACUACGGAGAAGACGCGCCGUUCGGCAUGUCGGAUGUUGAACUCGCGCAGAUGGCCAACUCCCAGAUGACCGCCACGUCGCUCAAUUUGACUCUGCCGCUGGAUGGGUCCCAGAGGGAGCAGAUGAUCUCCGUCCUCUUCGAGAAGUUCGACAGGGACGGCGACGGCAUCCUGAGCAAGGAGGAGCUGAUGCACCUGGCGCGGAGCCUGCCGCACGACCCCUUCGACGGCUCCCCGGAGGACUGGCACGACAUGUACCAGGCUUAUGUCCGGGAGAUUGGCGAGCCGGUGGACCAGGAGAGGUUCGCUGUGUUGCUAGACAGCCACGUCUUCGACGAUAAUCCCCUGGAGCUGACCGACGACGAGAUAAUGACCAUGAUCUGGCCCGAGGGCGAGGAGCGCGGCAGCGAGGACGACUCCGCCAAGUCCGAGGCUGGGGGACGCCAACUGCACGCCAGGCGCCGAUUCUUUCCAGGCCAAUUCUAGGCCCAGGACUGGCGUGCACGCCUCCAGGCGGGGCCAGGAGGGCGUACAGCCAGUGGCCUUCGGCUCAUCCUGCCUCCGCGCCUGGGCCGCAGGCGAGGGGUCUCUUAGCGGCUCCUUGGGGCUCUUGGAAAGGCCUCUCGGAGGCCUCUAGGAGGCAAUUGUGGGGGCGUGGCGAAGCGGCAGGUCCAUGCCGACUCGGCGCGGCGGCAGCGCCGGCGCGAGCGGUCGAGGCUGAAGAGCCCCGCAGCCCGGGGGGACCCUCGACAGCGAAGUUGGCCCCGUGCCCGAAAAAGUUCCGCGCGACGGGGCGGCAAGGCAUCGAGGCCCGCGCCGCCACGGCAGGGGCCCGCCCCGCAAAGACCCUGGGCCCCUGGACCCGUGGGCCAACCCGUGGGGGCAGGAAGAGGAGCCGAGCCUCGCUCUUCGCCGUCUGAGCUGGGGAGCUGCUCCUCCUUCCCAGGGGGCGGCGCCUGAGCGCGAAGAUGGCAGCGCCCUCGCGCCCCGCGGGGUGCGACGUCGGGUGGCCUCGAGGGGCGGCCCGGUCUGGGCCUAGUGCCAGAGCGCGGUUAGCGUUCCUCUCGCGAGGGCCCAGACCUUCCGGCAUUGCCGCUGCAGCACUGAGGUCGCCCAGCGGACUGGGCGCCCGCGCGGCGCCGCCCACGCUUGAGACGCCUCUCGAGACCGAGACGGCCCGUUUUCAAGGGAAUCGGGGUGCCAGCCUCCGUUGGACGUGGCAGUGCAGCCAAUGUGCAGCUGCUCCUCAGCGGCCCGCAGCCAGCCCACGUGUCCUGGUGGGUGCCCCUUGAAAG